CUGGCAUCAGAAACACGAGAUAUCUUCAGUCCUGAGCUGUACAAUUUCAUACAAAUACACAGCAUUGGCUAGACGGAGGCUGCGUCUGGCUUUAGCAAAACACACUUUGGGGAUAGGCAGUGGUUAUAGAGGAAGAGCAGAAAGAGUCCACCUCAUCUCUCACACAUCAGACUCAAGGUGGUACAAUCUCCUCGUGGAUUGCUCCACUCGCCUGGCGGUACAUAAGGCUCUCCACCAUGAAGACCAGACUAGGCUGCCUCUCCAAAAAGUCUGACUCCUACAGCGACUUCUCUGAAUUCCUGCCACCGGCUCAUGAGACCACCGCCAGGUGUUUGAAACUAUCCACAGAUGAGGUCGUUCGAUGGUCCGACUCAUUCGAUCACCUUCUCUCCCACAAAUAUGGACUGGCGGCCUUCCGGACAUUUCUUAAGUCUGAGUUCAGCGAUGAAAACAUUGAAUUUUGGAUGGCAUGUGAGGAAUACAAAAAGAUCAAGAGCUCGACCAAGCUUGUGUCAAAGGCGAACAAAAUAUUCAAGGAGUUCAUUGAAGUUCAGUCCCCGAGAGAGGUAAACAUUGACUACCGCACCAGAGAAAAGACCAAACAGAGCCUGGCAGACCCCACCCCAACCAGCUUGAACGAGGUCCAGGGAAAAAUCUACAGCCUCAUGGAGAAAGACUCCUACCCUCGGUUCCUCAGGUCGAAGAUGUACCAGGAUAUGGUCAACAGGGCACAUGCACAAGGCCAGCGGAGGUCUGUCUGACCAAGGCCAAAGACAGUGCAUGGACAUUUAUUUAGGCCUAAACUGUAUAUCGUUCCUCAGCCCUUUUACAUCAUCUCCUAAUACUGUGAAUUAGCAACAAUGGUGGGACCUGCUUGACUGUUUCAUUGUCUAAACCAGCUGCAUGUGUGCUGACCCUCUGAUACACAGCAUGUCUUUGGAGUCCUCUCUACAGCGGAUCGAUAUGCCUGAUAAUGUUAUCCAAACAAAAUGACCUUGUCACGUGGUAAUACUUAUCAGAACAAAUGGGAUUUUUAGUGUUUACUUAUUUAAUCUCAGCAAUUAUCCAUCAUGUUAGACAGGGAAAAAUAAAAACACAUGAAGUUAAAUUGAUAGUUUUUACGGAGCCCCUAAAGUAAUAUAGAAGUAAAAGAAAUGGUGAGGAUUUUUGAUGCACACCAGAUACUUUCUGCCUACUAGACAUCUGUGCACCAGAAACUUGAAGUAAAAAAAAUUGUAAUGGUUUCUUGCGGUUGCCUGAAACUAACUGGUGUGCGCCAGAAAUCAUUACUAUUUUUUUUUUUCCUUCUUUUUUCCUUGGGGAUUGUUUAACUACUUUAAAACAAUUUGUAAAUAAUACUCAAUUACCGAGGAUUGAGUGUCUGAUUGAUUAAUCAUAAACUAAAUAUCAACUGGUGUCUGUUUUAAGUAAUUUGAAAGCAUAAAAGACACACACAUAUUAGAGUGUAUGUCACAGUUAGGGAACAAAGCUCCCUGUGUAUAAGUUUAUUAGUUGAAAGGGGACCUGUACAUUUAAAAAAAAAAAAAA